GGUACUUAAACAUGGAAAUUGGAACCUGGAAUGAGUGGAUUGUUUUCAUUAAAUCUCUUAAACUGAAUCAUCUCUUUAUUCUUCGUCACUAGUUUUCAUCAUAUCAAUAUGUCAUCAGAACGUCGUUGGGAUCAACGCCGCUUUCGGCUUGAGGAGUCGACAACCCUCAAUGACGGUAAGCGCACCAUCUUUAUCGAAACCAUGACUCCCGGAACCACUGUCCCUCCUCAUUUCCAUACACAUUUCUCCGAGACAUUUGAUCUCAUCGAAGGAUCAAUCUCUGUAUACAAGAGCACUGAGCCCGACCUGGAAGCUCUGGAAGCUUCUGCCCAGCCACUAGAAGUCGGAAAGCCUCAGACUGUCGUGCCAACCCUCUUUCACAAGUAUCUCGUCAGCGGUGACGGAGGCGCUGUCUUGCGAGUUAUCCUUGAGCCUGGCGAUGCGGACUUUGAGAGACUUCUGAAGAUCAUGAACGGGUUGGACGCCGAUGGCAAACUGGAGAAAAUGGGAGACAGCUUAGUGCUCAUGGCAGUAGUCAUGGAGCUUAGCGACGCUCACCUCAUUGGUCCCGCUAAGGAUAUGUUGGACGGCGUGAGAAAGGACCAGAAGAAUGAGAUUGAAAAGCUGAAAGCUGAGUUGCUAAAGGCUUAUGAUACUGAGGAAGCGUUACAGGGACUUCUCCAAGGACGGUAGUAACAUCAGUAGAUUUACCAAUUGAUCUAUAUCACAUAAUGAUGGCUUUAG